CGGGCUGAAGAGGGCGGCCGGGGAGUUCGGGCGCGGGUUCCGGCGCAGACUGGCGGCGGGGUUCGAGAGGAGCAUGGCUCAGCGGUACGUUUGCGCGCUGGCCCUGGCGGCUGUGCUGCUACUAGUUUUUGCCACCGUCUCCAUAUCGAAGGACCUGAAAGGCAGGGAGCAUCAGGGGACGUCGCGAAUCCCUUCUCAGUUCAGCGAAGAGGAGCGCGUCGUGAUGAAAGAGGCGCUGAAAGGUGCCAUCCAGAUUCCAACAGUGUCUUUUAGCUCCGAGAAGUCCAAUACUACAGCCCUGGCUGAGUUUGGAGAAUACAUUCGUAAAGUCUUUCCUACAGUGUUCAGCACCAGCUUUAUCCAGCAUGAAACUGUGGGGGACUACUCCCACCUGUUCACUGUCCAAGGCUCAGACACCAGCUUGCAGCCCUACAUGCUAUUGGCUCACCUUGAUGUGGUACCUGCCCCUAAAGACGGCUGGGAAGUGCCCCCAUUCUCUGGACUAGAGCACGAUGGCUUCAUCCAUGGUCGGGGCACACUGGACAACAAGAACUCUGUGAUGGCACUCCUGCAAGCCUUGGAGCUCCUGCUGCUUAGGAACUACAUCCCCCGAAGAUCUUUCUUCAUUGCUCUGGGCCACGAUGAGGAGUUGUCAGGGAUGAAUGGGGCUCAGAAGAUCUCAGCUCUGCUACAGGCAAGGGGCAUCCAGCUAGCCUUCAUUGUGGAUGAGGGUAGCUUUAUCUUGGAUGGUGUCAUUCCCUAUGUCAAGAAGCCUUUUGCCAUGAUUUCAGUCUCAGAGAAGGGUGCAAUUAACCUCAUGCUGCAAGUAAACAUGACUCCAGGCCACUCUUCAGCUCCUCCAAAGGAGACAAGCAUUGGCAUCCUUGCAGCCGCUGUCAGCCGACUGGAGCAGACACCAAUGCCUCACAUGUUUGCAAGCGGGCCGUUGGAGAUGACAGUGCAGCAACUGGCAAAUGAGUUUCCCUUCCCUAUCAAUAUACUCCUGAGCAACCUGUGGCUAUUUCGACCCCUGAUAAGCAGGUUAAUGGAGAGAAAUCACUUAACCAACGCACUGGUCAGGACGACCAUGGCACUCACCAUGUUCAAUGCAGGGAUCAAGGUGAAUGUCAUCCCUCCAGUGGCCCAGGCCACAAUCAACUUCCGGAUUCACCCUGCACAGACAGUCCAAGAGGUCCUAGAAUUUGUCAAGGAUAUUGUGGCUGACGACCGAGUCCAGUUCCACGUGUUGAAUGCCUUUGAGCCCCUGCCCAUCAGCCCCUUUGACGACCAGGCCUUGGGUUACCAGCUGCUCCGCCAGACCAUACAGUCCGUCUUCCCGGAAAUCGAUAUUGUCACCCCAGGUAUUUGUAUUGGCAACACAGACAGCCGACACUUUACGAACCUCACCACUGGCAUCUACCGGUUCAACCCCCUCUACCUGCAGCCUGGGGGCUUCAGGAGCAUCCACGGAAUCAAUGAGAAAAUCUCGGUCCGAGGCUACGAGACCCAGGUGAAAUUCAUCUUUGAGUUGAUCCAGAACGCUGACACCGAGGUGCAGCCCAUUCCUCACCUGCAUGAACUGUGAGGUCAUGGAGCAGCUGGGUUAGGGGUGCAUAACCCUGGGCCAGGAAUAACUCAAGGGGGUGAGUUAUUGAUGAAACUGUUGAUGAAACUGUGGGCAAAACCACAUUGUGAUACAUUUCCCGCCUGCCUUGCUCACUCCUAAGCUCACCCAACAAAAAUGCUGGGGGUAAGUGAGGUCAGCAGAAAUCUGCCUUCUCCCUUCCUCCCAACAUUGCAUCCCUUGACCGUCGGGCAUUUACUGCCUUCUUGUCCCUGUGUGUCUCAUGCUGGCUAUUUCACCGCUCCACCCUCCACCGCUCCAGCCUCCUUAAAUGCAGAUUUGAAAAAUCUCAACCAGGUUUUGCCUGCUAGGAGUGUUUAAUUUAGGGCACUCUUGCUGGGAUGCCUUCUUCAGGGCUUAUAUAUUUCUUCUUGCGAGAACCUCCUUUCCCCUUUCUUCCCUUCUCUUCUUGGACUUGUGAGCUGCCUCUUUAUCUCUCCUCUCCUGGCCCCACAUCUCUCCCCCUGCUCUGCAAUUUACUCGACAUCUGGAGCUGGAUUUACUCAGACCGUGAUACUGCGUGAUUGCUGCCACAAUUGGUCAAAUAAAGUUGCCAUGACCAGCAGUCACUGGGGGGUGAAACUGAGGCAGGGGCUCUGGAGGAACCCCAGACCCCCUGGUUCUGGAGGCCAGAGACUGGAAAAGAAAGCCUCUGUCCUUGGGCUUCUUCUCAAGGACUCCCUGGGCUUUGUUCCCUCCCCUGCCCUGUUCCUGCCACCUGCUGCUGCUGUCUCACUCCAGGAGGCACUAAUCUGUGGAAACAUUUCCCUGGCACAUCCUAUGGACUGAGCUCAUAAGGGAAGGGCAUUCGUGACCUGGCCUCCCGGCGGAGCCCAGAACCAGCAGGGCCCUGGCCCUGGCAUCAUGUGUUGGUUCCGACUGAUCAAGGGGAAGUGGAGGGCAUGGUGGGGGAGGGCACGAAAGCUGUCCUCCAUUAGGGGACAGCAGAGCUCCUGACUUUUUUCUCUGGCCAACCCUGAGCAUAUUUGAAUCUGCUCAGUAGCUGCCAGGUGGGGGGCAUUGGAAGGCAGCAUUUCUUGGCUCAAAGCUAGGAGCUGUGCUUUGUGGAUCACAAGGGAGGCUGGGUCACAGAGGGAGCUGGGACUUGAGACUCCCCUCUUCUUCCUCACCAGGCAAGGACUUUCCAUGUCUUGCUGGGGUUUGACAGCAGUGGGCUCCUUUUCCUUCUCCUCACGACCCCCCUGCCCCUCACACCCCCAAUUUCUCACCUCCCUCCCAUGGACGUGAGCUGUUCCUUGGAGCUCAGGCUUAAUGGAAAGUGUUAGAAACACAGUGUGGAGAUUAUUCAAGCUUUUUCGCUACUCCCCCUGAGGGUCACAUUCCUUCCCUUGCCCUCCCUUUUUUGGCCAAUUCAGUACUUAUUCAGCCUUUGUUAGAGGCCGAGCUGAAGAACAAAAAUAAUCCUUCACGUUUGUACAGAGCUGUACAAAGUGCUUUCAUGCACCUCCUCUCAGCAGAGCCCCACAAGAACCCAGUGAAGAAGGUGUUGUUACCCUUUCUUACAGGGCAGGGAUUGGUUCUCACAGAGGUUAAGUAUCCAGCUAGGGACAGUAGGCUCAAAUCUAUGUCACUUGGUCCCAAACUAUUAUUCUGUGAUCCUAAAUUACCAAUGGAAUCUACUUCCCAUCAAUUGUCUUAUUUAAUCCUCACAACAACUCUAAGGUGGUUAUUGCCCAUUUUAUAGAUGAGGCAACUGAGACUCUGAGGUUAAGUAACUUGUCCAAAGUCAUGCAGGUGUUAGGGGCAGAGUCGAUCUGAUUCCAAAGCCUGUACUAAAAGUACUUAAGAGGAGACUGAGAUUUGCCCAAGAUGACAAAGUUCUUAAGAGGCAGCCCCAGAAUUAAAAUGCAGGUCAAAAAUCCCCGAGUCCAGGGUUCAGUUGCACCAUGCUGCCUGCCCUAAGAACCUGUGGAGUGUGGCUCAUUCAUUCUGAUCCAGGGAGAUGUCAAGGACAAAGGCUAUUCUACUUUUGGAUUUAGGUCUUCUCUCUAACUCUGUUCUCCUGGCUGACCUCUCCCUAUUCACACCUCUCCCUCUGUCUGCCAGCACUUCUUAAUGUCCCUACCCCCGAGCUUCUGGAUUCAGCUCUUUUCCCUUCUCUGAGUUUGCGGACAACCAGGUCUCUAAUGAUCCAUGGAGUAACCGGGAGAAAAAUGAGCAGCAGACCCUGUCCCCAUCCAGUGUCACCAGCCUCCCAGCUUUAGAAAGGAUAGUUUUCUGAACCCCCAGAGGGGGAAGGAAGGCCCCCGAGAGGGAACUGCUACAAAUCCUGGCUCUGAAAACACAGACAUUCCAGCCUAGCGGCCCCUGAGGACUUCUGAACAGAGCAGCUCAAAGUGCCUGGCCAAGACAACAUGAGCCCCAAGACUCUGGGUGGGAUAGGGUAAGGAAUCUGGGACUUUCCUCCACCUCUGUCCCCAUCCAUCUACAACUCCCCAAAUCCACCUUGGAAGGCUCCAGCAGAUAGUCACAGAUAUACCCUACACCUCCAUCAAGGACUUAGUUCAAGCUUUUUGCUCACACCUUACUACCUAAGAUGGGAAGAAAAACAAAAUAUUCAUAAGCAAGGAGAAUGGGAAAGGAAAGGAAUAAAUAGGAGACAAAGUUCCCACUCAAGAGCUAAAUAUUUCAUUAAACUUUUUUUGAAAAUUUUAAUCUAAUUAAAUAGUUUUAGAGAAAUGAAACUAUUUGCAA